CAAACCCGUGGGGAAGCAACUCGGCAACGGACCAAGAUGGCGGCGCCCAGCGAGGGGCCAGCGUUUGCUGUAGGGGUUGAAAAGAAUUCGGGUGCGGUUGUUCGUUCCCCAGAAGGGACUCCCCAGAAAAUCAGGCAGCUGAUAGAUGAAGGGAUUGCUCUGGAAGAGGGCGGCACUGAAGCGAAGGAGACAUCUGCCACAUUCCAAUCAGUUAAUGGAUCACCCGAAGCAGAACAACCUCCAUUGGAAUCUAUAAGCAAAGAAGCCUUCUUUAGCAGAGUGGAAACAUUUUCUUCUCUGAAAUGGGCCGGCAAGCCCUCCGAGCUGUCUCCACUCGUGUGUGCAAAAUACGGCUGGGUCACAGUGGAAUGUGACAUGCUCAAGUGCUCCAGCUGCCAGGCUUUUCUCUGUGCCAGCUUACAACCAGCUUUUGAUUUCCACAGAUAUAAGGAGCGGUGUGCGGAGCUGAAGAGAGCCUUGUGUACCGCCCACGAGAAGUUCUGUUUCUGGCCAGAUAGCCCCUCUCCAGAUCGAUUCAGGAUGUUGCCGCUGAACGAGCCCGCCGUUCUCGUCAGUGAGUUCCUGGGUCGCUUUCAGAGCCUUUGUCACCUGGACCUGCAGCUUCCUUCCCUGAGGCCGGAGGACUUGAAGACCAUGUGCUUUACAGAAGAAAAGAUUGGUCUUCUUCUACACCUGCUUGAUGAUGAACUUGAUCACCGAACUGACGAGAGAAAAACUGCCACCAAAUUAGGCUCCGACAUCCAAGUCCACGUCACUGCCUGUAUUCUCUCUGUGUGUGGCUGGGCGUGUAGUUCUUCCCUGGAACCCGCGCAGCUCUCCCUGGUCACGUGUUCACACUGCGUGAGGAAGGUGGGGCUCUGGGGUUUCCAGCAGCUGGAGUCGUCCGCAGGCGACCUGGACUCGUCCUUCGUCCUGACCAGCUCCCCCGCCCCAGGCCCCGACGGGCGCCCAGAGCGCCUUCUCCUAGUGUCCGAGUCUCCUCGGAGGAUGAUGACUCGGAGCCAGGAUGCCACGUUCUCCCCGGGCUCAGAGCAGGCUGAACGGAGCCCAGGCCCCAUCUUCUCCCGAACCCGGAGCUGGGACUCUUCCAGUCCUGUUGACCGCACCGAGCCCGAGGCCGCCAGCCCCACCACCAGGACCCGCCCGGUGACCCGAAGCAUGGGAACAGGAGACAGCUCUGGCCUGGAAGUGCCAUCCAGUCCUCUCCGGAGAGCCAAACGGGCUCGCCUCUGCUCUUCCAGCAGCUCGGACAUGUCUCCACGAAGCUUCUUUGAUCCCACUGCUCAGCAUAGAGACUGGUGCCCUUGGGUGAAUAUCCCACUUGGCCAGGAAACCAGGGAGAACGGUGGAACUGAGGCAGAUGCCAGCAGCCCGGCAGAGCCAGGCUGGAAGGCAGUGCUGAACAUCCUCCUGGCCCACAAACAGUCUAGCCAGCCAGCCGAAACGGACUCCGUGAGUCUCUCCGAGAAAUCGAGGAAAGUAUUCCGAAUAUUCCGGCAGUGGGAAUCCUCGUGCUCAUCCUGAAGAUGCCCCAGCCCUUCCCAGAGAGAAGUGGAAGGAGUGACUCUGAAGAAAUAAAGUUUAAGUUCCCUUUUGA